CUUUCUCUUCCGGUUUCCGGUYGGCUCCCGCCCCACUCCGCCAUCAUGAAGUUGUGAACCAAAAAACGAAUGAGACAGAAAGGGUAAAAAAAGGAAAACAAUUCAUGAAUAACAUUUAUAUAAUGAUCAAAUAUGGUCGAGAGUGGAGCAAAUACCGGGGUCAGCUUUAAAUUGAUUAACUGUUUCCCAGUCGUAAUCUUCUGAUUGCUGGUGAGAAGACCAGGUCGUUAGCAUUUUGAUUGACUGCCAUAGCUAAUGCUAGCUAAAUCGUUUGUGAAGAAUGGAAUAUCAAUGAAAACAAUGUGGCUCGCUCGUGUUGAAUAGAGCAGAAGAGGUAACGUUAGAAGAGCGACCAAUAUUUUCCAUCCCAGGCCAGCUAGCUAGCUCUCCAGCUAGCUACAGUGGAACCCAAAAGCCACGAUUUGUCUUUGGUGGGGUGCAGGCAUGCACCCAAAUUAGCAACUGGGAUGCCAUUGCCAACACCAACAUGAACAUUUUCGAUUGAAAACAAUUGAAGGAUUUUGGCGUUGGGCAACAGAGCUAGGAAGGGGCAACCCCAUCCUUCAUAAUGGCGCUGGCCAUGCCGUCCAGUGUGCGGGCCGGGAGCCUGAAGGACCCAGAGGUAGCUGAGCUCUUCUACAGAGAUGACCCUGAGAAGCUGUUCACCGACUUGCGGGAGAUCGGCCAUGGCAGCUUCGGAGCGGUCUACUUCGCACAUGACAUCCGCACCAAUGAAGUGGUGGCCAUUAAGAAAAUGUCCUACGGUGGCAAGCAGUCCAAUGAGAAAUGGCAGGAUAUCAUCAAAGAAGUAAAGUUUCUCCAGAAACUGCACCACCCUAACACUGUGGAGUACAGAGGUUGCUACCUGAGAGAGCACACAGCAUGGCUGGUAAUGGAGUAUUGUUUGGGUUCAGCCUCCGACCUACUGGAAGUCCACAAGAAGCCCCUCCAGGAACAGGAGAUAGCAGCCAUCACCCACGGUGCAUUGCAGGGCCUGGUGUAUCUUCAUUCUCACAACAUGAUUCACAGGGAUGUGAAGGCUGGUAACAUCUUGCUGACCGAGCCUGGCCAGGUGAAACUGGGUGAUUUUGGCUCAGCCUCCAUUAUUGCCCCGGCCAACUCGUUCGUGGGCACGCCCUACUGGAUGGCUCCUGAGGUGAUCCUGGCCAUGGACGAGGGCCAGUACGACGGCAAAGUGGAUGUGUGGUCACUGGGCAUUACUGCCAUAGAGCUGGCGGAGAGGAAGCCGCCUCUGUUCAAUAUGAAUGCUAUGAGUGCCUUAUACCACAUUGCCCAGAAUGAGAGUCCCGUUCUGCAGUCCAAUCACUGGUCUGAUUAUUUCCAUAACUUUGUGGACUCGUGUCUGCAGAAGAUCCACCAGGACAGACCUACCUCUGACGUGCUGCUGAAGCACCAUUUCCUAUGCAGAGAGCGUCCUCACACGGCGGUGAUGGACCUGAUAGCUCGCACCAAAGACGCGGUGCGGGAACUGGACAACCUGCAGUACCGCAAAAUGAAGAAGAUCCUUUUCCAUGAGGCCCUCAACGGACCCCAGCCCGAGGGAGGGGAGGAGGAGGAGGACGUGGAGCAGUACAUGCUGCGGACAGGUACGGUCAACAGCAUGGAGAGCUCCCAUUCGCUGCCUUCCAUGUCCAUCAGCGCAAGCUCCCAGAGCAGCUCGGUCAACAGCCUGGCGGACGGUUCGGAUGACAGCGGCGAGAUGGCCAUGAUGCAGGAGGGCGAGCAAACAGUCACCUCCAACAGCUCAGUCCUGCACAAGCCCCUGAGCCAUGACAACAUCUACGACGACCCCUACCAGCCCGAACUGGACGCACAGCAGCAGCCCCCAUCACGGGGUGAGGGAAGAGAAGGUGGCAGGCGGAAGGGACACCGCAGCCGAGAUCACUUUGCCACCAUCCGGACGGCAUCGCUGGUGACCCGGCAGAUCCAGGAGCAUGAGCAGGGGUCGGCGCUGAGGGAGCAGAUGUCUGGGUACAAGCGCAUGCGGCGGCAGCACCAGAAGCAGCUGAUGGGCCUCGAAAACAAGCUGAAAGCGGAGAUGGAUGAGCAUCAGCUGAGGCUGGACAAGGAGUUGGAGAACCAGAGAAACAGCUUUGGAGGGGAGGGGGACAAGCUGAGCAAGAAGCACCAGGCUAUCCUGGAGAAGGAGACCAAGGCAGCCCUGGCUGAGGAGAAGAAGUUCCAGCAGCACAUCCUGGCCCAGCAGAAGAAGGAACUGACCAGCCUGCUGGAAUCCCAGAAACGCCAGUACCGCGCACGCAAGGAGCAGCUCAAAGAGGAACUGAACGAGAACCAGUUGACCCCUAAGCGGGAGAAGCAGGAGUGGCUGGUGCAUCAGAAGGAGUGUCUCCAGCAGCUGCAGGCGGAAGAUGAGGCGGGGCUCCUGCGCCGCCAGAGGCAGUACUACGAGCUGCAGUGUCGCCAGUACAAGAGAAAGAUGGUGCUGGCGCGCCACAAUCUGGAGCAGGACCUACUCCGAGAGGACCUGAACAAGAAGCAGACGCUGAAGGACCUGGAGUGCGCAAUGCUGCUGCGCCACCACGAGUCCACCCAGGAGAUGGAGUUCCGGCAGCUGGGCUCGGUGCAGCGCACGCGGGCCGACCUGAUCCGCACACAGCACCAGACGGAGCUCACCAAUCAGAUGGAGUACAACAAGCGGCGCGAGCAGGAGCUGAGGCAGAAGCACGCCGUGGAGGUCCGCCAGCAGCCCAAGAGCCUCAAAGUGAGUGAGAGCGAGACCCCCGGUGCCCAAACCCAGAACCAGCCACCUCCAAAGGAAGAGGACAAGGGGGAGGAGUGCCAGGAGACAGGGGGGCUAAGGGGAGCCCAGGCUGGGGCUGAGGGAGUGGAAGAGGUGGGGCUGGUAGAGGAAGGGGAGAAGGAAGAGGUGGAAGAAUGUGAAACCAAAGAGGAAAUGGAGGGAAACAAAGGAGAGGUUAGGAAAUGUUUUGAAGGAGGGAAAGAAAAGGUGGUGAGAGACCAAAGUGGAGAUGGAGAGAUUGAGAAGGGAGAAGAGAAGGACGUGGGAGAUGGGGAUGAGGUUUGCUCCAUUGUAGAAACAAAGGAUGAAGUAGAGGAGGAGAAGAGCGAGAAAAGCGAAGAUAACGAGGGUCAAGAACUUGGGUGGAAAACGGGGGAGGGAGAAGGAGAGCGAAGGCAGGUGGAGGGAGUGCAGUGGGGGGAGGAUGAUGGGGAUGAUGAAGACGAAGCGAGAUAUGUUCUCGACGAUGACGACGAUGAGGAGGAGGAUAGAGGUGUGGCAGACGGCUGUCCGUCUGAGCUCAUCUCCUCCCCAUCCCUGGAACGGAGGCAUGUCCGCGAUCAGCGCAAGGGGGACGAACUCUCUGAGUUCUAUUUCCCCGACACCCUUGAGGAACUCGAGCCUCUUCACCCCUCUGCCCCACCCCUUUCUCCACCCCCUGUCCCCUCUUCCUUUCCCUCCCUCUUCUCUCAUGCCAUCUGCCUCCUCCUCUCCCUCUCGGCCGCCGCCCAGCCCUCCAACCUCACCUUCCUCAUACUCUCAGUCUUCCUCCUCUCCCUUCGUCGCUCUCCCCCUCUCCCCUCGCUGGCCUCCCUCCUCCUCUCGGGUGAGCUCGCCCUCCUCGCCCUCUUCUUCUCCUACCUCUUCCUCCGCUCCUGCUGCUCCCUCUCUCUCUCCACCUACCUGUCCCUCACUCUGUGGGCAUGCGGUCUUUUCAGCCUGGGCCUCUCGCUGAGCCUGGGUCUCUAUUAUGUCCCCGUAGCCCUGAUCUCUGCCUCCUUCCUCAGCUCGCCUUCCCUCUUCCUCUCCCUCUAUCUUGUGGUGGUGCUGGUGGUGCGACCGGCGCGCGUCUUCCUACAAAAUGCUCCCCGGAAACUCAACCGUUUGUGGAUGAGGUUCCUCUUUCGCCUCCCCCGCCCACUCUUCAACAUCUGCCAGUCUCUCCUUGGGGGCCUGGCGGAGCGCAGCCUCUAUGACAUGUUCCCCAAGGCCGGGCGCAACUGGGGCGGGCGCCAGUCCAAAAUUCCUGUGCCCCUAAAGAGCCUGCCCUUAGUGCGCCUGGCUGGCAGGGGCCACGUUGGCUCGCCCCUUGCCACGUGCCUCCUCUGGGUCAGGCGCUUUAUCAGACGCCCCCUAGGGGUCCUUGCCGACCUGGCCAACUCGGUCGUGCUAAGGCUAGCUGGCAGGGUCCUUAAAGAGCUGCCUCCCGAGUGCCUGAGCAGACUUCGUACAUUCGGUCUGCUGAGAGAGGAGAAACCUAGCAGGCUGCCCAGGCUACUGCCCAGGGAGGUCAGAGAGCAGAAACAGAGGGAGAGGAGGAAGAGAGAGAGGGAGAGGCAAAGAAGGGAGGAGAGAGAAUGUAUGUUCAGAGAUGAGGGGCGGUGGGAAUGCGGGUUGAGACGAACGUCAUCUGGGCGGAGUGUGAGGGGUAAAGUGCGACCAUGGAGAUAGUAAGAGAUGGAGGGAGUUGGUUAGGGUGUGUGUGUUCCAUCUAUCACCGUAUGACCAUCGUGUGUUUGUUUCCUUUGUUUCAACCCUCCCAAAGAUAGGUUGUGUGCAUCAUAGGUAUACCUAACACUGUGUUGCAUUGGCUGAAUGUAAUUGGCCAUUUUAAUGUACUGUAUUGCCAAAAGCAUCCAGCAACUCCUGUCAUGUCACUGUCUUAUACCCCAUUGAAGUUUCACUGUUUGUCACUCACUAUUGUGCUUUUUGUAAAAGUUUAAAUGUU